AUGGGCGUUCGUGAAAGCGUUAAGUCAACUGUAAACAUUGUUUUGGCGUGCGCUGAUGAUGUAGAUCUUGUGAGAAGUCUACCGCCUUUUGAGGAGCCAAAUUUAUUACUGCCAUAUGUUAAAGAUGGAGAGGGUUGUGCUCGUUAUGUAGAUGCUGGGCGUAUGAACUUCCUGAAUGGAGAAGUGACGGAUGUAAAGGGAAAGAUAGUGGGAACCCUUCCAUUAUUGUCGUCUCGACUGAAGGAAUGUUUUAUGAAUGCGCAAAAGGAAACAAGGCACCACCUUUCCUGUCAGUUCGUUAAGGAAUUACGAGUAGACCGUGAGACGCUAAAAGACGAUGAACUCCGCGAGAAGUUGCGCAAGAUGCGACGUCGUCUCGAUGAUCCAAGACUUCUCUCCCCGGACAGCCUUCUUAACAUGUUUCUUUCCUAUAUGCAUGUUGAGGCCUAUUCGGAAAUGAUAAGUCUCGUGGAGGCCAUCAAGGGACUCGAAAAUUAUCAAUAUCUGCUAGAGCCUCCCAACAUUCGCUACUACUAUGCAUUCGCUCUUAAUCGUCGAAACGGUAAAGGCGAUCGUGAGAAGGCUCUGAGCAUAAUCAAGGAUGUGAUCGAAAACUGCAAGCAACCUUUUCCCGAUCUAUACGGUCUGGAGGGCCGGAUAUACAAAGACCGCUUUGUGGAAUCAAACUGUACUGAUCGUGAGUCCCUUGAGAAAGCCAUCGAGAGCUACCGAAAAGGUUUUCAAGAAUCGUCAAGCGAAUAUCUGGGUAUCAACUUGGCAACACUGCUUGUCAUCGGAGGAGCUGACAGAAGCAAUAAGGAAUUGGCCACCGUCUGUAAGCGUUCGCUUGUAAACACCAAAAUAAGUGUUAUGCAACAACCAAAGCAAAAGGAGAUAAGUAGGCACUUUGAUGCUAUAGAGGGAAGAACCAUGUCCGUAACCGGUCGACACUGUUCAUGA